AUAAAGGUUACCGCCGCUCAGCCCUGACAGGUAAGCCCCGCGGUCAUGAAGUCACCUGCCGUCCACUCAGGUGUUCCCCUCGCAGCAAUAUAACGACCGCAAACAAUCCUCAUGCAACACUCGUACGUGUAGUUCUGAGCGUGUUCUAUUAUCGGUCUCCGCAAAGUAAGCUUGGAGAGCCCGGCCUGUCAUCAAGUCUGACUUCCUUAAUUGGUCGCCAGUCAAGUAUGGUUGGUCACAGUCGAGGGGAAGGUAGAGGGCGCCCCAACGGCCGUGCCUGCUACCACACCGAGUACCCACAGAACGAGGACUCGCAGGAUGGCCUAGAGCCUCCUUAUUACGUGCAGGAUCUCAACAAGCAGAGGAGCAUUGAUGACGUAAAGAAAAUGCCCGAAGACUACAGACAUGUUGGGCCGACCGAGCCUCUGUACCACCAGCCGCCCCUUGCGCCCGAGAGCCAGGAGAGAGUCAGCGACCUACUCUAUAGGUAUCAAGGUGGCUGCGUGGCAGGGGAAUCGCCGGGGAUGGUCGCCGCCGGUGGGAACUCCCUCGCCUCACCUUAUUUUGCUCAGCACCAGCUUCGCCUGAGUCAGUCCAGCGGGCAUCGGUUCUCCCCGCUGAGGCUACACCUGGACGCCUCCAAAUCGUCGUGGCGCAGGUGUUCAUGGCGCUGCACCACAGUUGUCUUCGUCUGCGUGACCCUCUGCCUCGCCGCCACCACCACCUUCUUUGCCACCUCCCAGGUGAGUCGGUGGCACAGUGCCGAGGGAUGCCUGGACGACGACGCCGGCACCGCCAGCGUCAACGCUCCUCAGGAGAACAUUGUGCCGCCCCAGGGACAGCCGGCGCCUCCACCAGGUAACCUGGCCGCCCAGGACGGCUGGCGCCACCCCGCCUCGGACCUGCCUGCUAUGUACCCUACUCCCCGCCGAGGUCAGCAUUGGCCCAGCGGUGGCCCCCGCCCAGUGUUCCCUGCACCCUCACCCCCGCACGCCGCACCUCCCUCCCCCCAGCACGACUCUUUCCUUCCUCCAGUCAGUGUUAAAAUUUCAUUAUUUUUCCACAAGAUAAAAGACAACUUGCAUGCUUUCCUUUGGCCUGUAAUUGAUGUUUCACAGGAACUCCCAGCAGAGCCUCCGCGACCCUCCGCCGCCCACACUGCUGCCUCCGCUGCGGCCCCCCACCACAAGACUCAGGAAUUUCACCUCAACGCUAUACACGAAGUUGACCCGCUGGCGGUCAAACGCCUGCCAGCUCUCGCCCGGCGGCGGGGUGCUGCCGCCCUGUCCGCCCACGAGUACCGCCUCGCCAACACCAGGCCGAGAGUAUCCUCCGUCAAGCCCACUCCGGCCCGCCAUGCCAGGUCUGCCCCUGACCCGACCCCCGCGCCCUCCCCAACACUAUCACUCGCCAGCCCCUCCCCCACUGACGUGGUCUCGUCGGGGCACGCCACUCCUACCAGCGUGACGUCCAGCACUGUCCCGCCCCGCCCCAGCCCUGAAGUGUUCUCCGGGGCCUCGUCUGCGGCCGCCGUGAAUAAUCCAGAGCUAUCAGGCGAGGCGGAGUUCGGCCACGCUGCUCAGACGACGAAUGUGGCCCAAAGUUUGGUCUCCCUUGUUGUCUCGAUGCCCACCACCACCACCACCGCUAUCAUGCUCACCACGCCCACUCCCCCAGCCACCGUCCUCACCACGUCCACAUCUAUCAUCACCACGCCAGUCACCACCAUCCUCGCCUUCAGCGUGUCGGGCAACCUUUCCGCGGCAGCCCCGGCAGACGUGCCCGCUCCUGCCCCGCCCCCCGCGAGGGAAGACAGUGGCGCAGCGGUGAAACCCAAGAGUGUGGCGGUGAAUGGCGUGCCUAGUGCCGCGGCCCCGCCGGACGUAACCCGCGCCCCAGGGGAUCUGACUUUGUCCAGCCAUGUAUAUCAAGUGACCUCAGGGACUCCAGUCGCCCCCGGAGUAGUUCUCUCGCCCACGGAGGAGGGAGCGGCGCCCUCACAGCUUCCCGCCUCCCACAGCCCGUCCCUCCCUGUGCCUCCGGGAGGCCCGACGCCCGCCCCUCCUGCUGGGGGUCAAGGGGCGCCGGGGCUUCAAAAUGUGUUUCGCGACUCAACGAACGAUGGAAAAGUAAAUUUGUUACCUUCCGGGGAAGUGGAGGGAGGUGCGUCCCUUGGGCACCAGGGGUCGCCGCGCCCCCCCGAGACCCCCACGCCCCACGCGGCGGCCGCCACCCUGUCUGCCUCGCCCCCAGCCGCGCCCGACAAAGAGUUCGCCGCCCAGCCCGCCCCUUCAUUGCUCUCUGCAACCUCCACGCCAACGUCCUCGUCUGUAGCAGGCGGAACAACAGCAACAACAAUAACAAGAACACCGUCUCCAUUAACAGCAGCACCUGCACCAGUGACAUCAUCGUCAUCAUCAUCAUCAACACCAUCGUCAUCACCAGAAACACCUCAGUCACCACCAUCAUCAAUCAUAGCACCAGCGCCAGGAACAGCUUCCACCCCACCCUCGCCAUCAUUAUCACUAUCAUCUUCAUCAUUACACUCAUCAACAUCAACAACGAUAACAAUAGCACCAGCAACAGCAACAACAACAACAACAACAGCAGCAGAAGCAGCAGCAGCGAGAGACACCACCGCAGCCUUCGCGCCCUUCCCAGACGAGACCCUAAAGCCAGGCCAUUUCGGAGCUAACAACACCAGCAUCAGGGGCUCUCACGGGGGUUCUGGCGCUAAUCACAACCAAGACGCCGUGAUGCCGAACCCGCGAGCUGGCCGCGUCAUUAGCCAUAAAGCCGAGCCCCUGCAGGAGGAAAACCCCGCGCCCAAACGAGGAAGCCAGGAGCCUUCACGGUUUAAAGAGGAAGAGAUUAAGGAAGGCGAAGGAGGUGGCGGAGAGGGUGUUGAGGGUAGUAAUGAGAGACAGCGUGAGGGGGACGAGGCGAGACAUUCCAGCCAGCCCCAACACCCUGAGGACACUCCUCGUACCCAGGCAGGUCACGUCGCCCAGCCCGCCGCCCUCGCCCCCCCGCCACCGCCACGGGGACGACUCUCACAUUACCCACAAAACACACACGACGACUUCAAUUCUUCAACAUCCAGCGACGGGAGCCUCAGCCGCCACGACCCCUCAGAGCAGCGGGACGCGCCGAGUGUCGUCUCACAGGACUCGGGGCGCGGCAGGCAAGGCGAUGCCGACCAAGUGUUUUCCUCCCUUGCAGGACAAGGAGGCGAGGAAAGUAAGGACGCCGUCUCAGCCCCCGCACGGGAAAAUCAGGCGCCCUCCGCUCAGGAAAUUGCUCGGAGUCACGUUGCUUACGAGGCUGAAAGACAAAUUGAGAGCGAAGCCGUGAGCAAAGAUUCCUUCCCAUCGACCCCCAGCGAGGGGCAACCGGAGAAGGAGGAAGAGGAAGAAGAGGAGGGAGAGAGGGAAGAGGAAGGCCUGGAGAAGCAUUAUGCUGGAGUCAGUCACGCCGCCGCGGACAUGUCAGAACAGGGAGAUAUAAGUCUUCCAAAAAUUGAAUUAAGCGAGCCAGACCACCGCGGGCAGGGAGGGAACACUCGCCUCUGGAAAAAUGGAUUUACUGAUGGACCGGCUCACGGCGGGGCGGGCGAGGAGGCGGCGGCCUCGGCAGGGCUGGCGGCGACAGAGGGGCGGGGCGCUGGACACCCACAAACAGCCGCCUACAAUAAGCCUGUUAUCGACCCCGGCCCUCCGAGUGUGUCCACCCGUGACCCCAAUGACUUGUUGACCCUCGCCUCCCCGCCCCCCGCUACCACGCCCCGCCCCGCCCCCGCCAACAACACUAAAAGUCCCAGCGAUGGCGACGAUCCCAUCCCGCUGCUCUCUCGAGGGGAAGAAAGCCACGGUGUCGCACACCAAACUCCCGACGGAUUACCCGCAGGAGAAGAUGAAGAUCAGAUCUCCAUGAUUUCCACGCCACGAGAGGAAUAUAAUGGCAAUCCCGUCAACAGCCUGCCGGGGACCCCUGAGGCCGCCCGACCCGAGGAUCUGGCCGGGCGCAGCGAAGCGAUCGUCACGUCAGAGUCCAGCAAGGCAAAGCUUGACGGCCGUCUCCCUCCCGUCGACACCCCACGCGGCGAGGGUGACCACAGCCCACAAUUAUCUGGUAAUACUUCUAAAUCCGAAGGUUCUCCCGUAAUGCUGGCAGGGACGGCAGCCGAGAAUCCUAUGAAGCCCGCCGACCCCCUGGCCCUCCCGGGGGCAGCGCCUACCGAGAGGGGCGGGGGCGGGGACCCUUGGAACAAUCCAAUUGAAGACUCGGAGGAAGUGACACCGCGCUCCGGUAUCGACACUUCCCGGGCCGGCCAGGUGAGUAAUGGACAUUCUUACCCCGGCGUGGGCGGCGCCCUCGCCCUGCCCAUCGUGCGGGCCGCGUCCCCGCCAGACGUCCUUGACGACCAGCCCGCCUCGCAGACCUCCAGCAGCGAUGGAAUUGGAAUCAAUGACGUCGCGGCCAAAGAUCAAAGAGACAAAGCAGCGCAUGAAAUAUCUCUUUCCCGGAGCAACCAAACUGGAGAGAUUGCCGGAGGGGCGCCCCCGCCCCCCUCCACACACGACCUCCUCGCAGCGCUGAGACCCCCAAAAAGUAUCGAAUCUGAGAAAAAGCAAUCGGGCCCGAAGUCCAUGGAAGCAUCCGCUGGAGCGGGUUACAGUGAGCGUACGGAAUCGAGUAUCGAUACGGAGGGAUCUGAAGCCAGCCAGGGACGCCCUUUCCUUUCAAGAAGCAAUCAGAUGGUCGAUGAUCCCAAUCACGAGUCAGUCCACGCUCGGGUCAGCUCCAGGGACUCGGCACGAGAAAAUAGAGAUCAGAACGCUUAUCUUUCCGGCUGCGGCGGCCAUGAUGGGGCUGCUGCGGGCGGCGGCGCGUGUCUGGAGGCCGGGGAGCACCGCCGAAGACAAGGCUCGUCUGAGGGGAAUAAUUCCUGGCGCGAGGCUAUUGAAGGCGACGAGAGGGAUCGCGCGGGGCUUCCACAAGACUCGCUUGAUGGAGCGAUGGAAGGUUCAUUACCGUCCGAGCACCGGGACGGCGGGACCCCGGCGCCUGCCGCGGCGCCCACGCCCGGGUCGCCUGAUGGCGUGGGCAGCGAGGAGUCUGCACGCAGCGGCCAAGAGGGUGAAGAUGUCCCUCUAGGGCGGCCCCACCCCACCCCUCACAGAGGCGCCCCCUCGCUGGGGGGAGGCAGUGGCAGCAAUAACAGUCCAUUGGACAGCAGCGGCAACAGUUCCCAAGGUGGCAGUAGCGGCGAGACGCGCGGCUCAGGUCACAGUAUUAUGCCCUAUCGCGAUCCUCGGCAAUCCCGGGAUUCCCCAUGCAAAUGUUCCUGUCAGUGCGACGGGGGCGAGGCUCCCCCGAUAAUGCCAGGGCGUGUCGCGGCAAAUCUCAAUUCAGAGGCUGUUGCAGGUGGGCCCAUCACCACCGCCACCCCCGGCCCCAGCCCCACCCCGCCGCCGCCACACCCCCACCGCCACCACCACCAGGGCCACAGGGGAGGGGGGCCCCACGCCGCCACCCCUACCGUCAUGUCUUCCCACCCCACGAACGCCACCACCUCCCCGCCCCCAAGCCCCUCCAGCACCCCCACGCCGCCCCUCUCCUCCCCCGUCACCCUCCGAGAUAUGGCCCCACAAGUUCCCAACUCCGGAGAAGACCAACCAACUUCUGCAGCGUCCACGACCCCGGGCGGCGGCACGGUCGUCCGCCAGCUGAGUUACACGGCUGUCAGCAACCCGGCCGUCACCCUGGUCGUUCCGCAGCCCAGCAUGGCCCCCGAGCCCGCCGCCACCCGCGCCCCGGGCCCCGGCGCCGCCAUCCACGCCUGGCUCGUGCUUGGGGACGACCAAGGGAGCCAGACACAGGCACGCCCCCAGCAAGUGGCUCCCCCUGACGGCAGCUCCUUCUCCGCCCUGUCCCUGGGCGAAGAGUUAGCCUACACCCUCGCUCCCUACGGCUACUGGAACCUGCACCUCACCCUCAACGAUCCCACCGAUAUUAGGAUCACUCUCACUAAGCCCAGAGGCACCUCGCUCGGCCUGUACGCCCGCCGCAGCUCGCUCCCGACCCACACCCAGCACGACAUUAUGAAGAUCCUGCGGGAGGCGAGGCAGAGGGACGUCAGGGCCUCUCCGAACAUGGUGGAGGUGUCAGUGGAACAAGUGCUGGAGGCCGGCGAGUGGUUCAUCUCCAUCUACAAUGAUGACGGCGACCCCCACCAGGUGGCUCUGGUCAUCAACAGGGGCGACGGGGGAGGGGAGUGCCCACAGCGCUGCCACGACCGGGGUCACUGCAUCCUCGGCCGCUGCCACUGCCACGCCGGCUACAGCGGCAUCGACUGCUCGCAAAUGCUGUGCCCGAUCCUGUGUGCCGGCCAUGGUGACUACGUGUCCGGGCAGUGCAAGUGCCACGCUGGCUUCAAGGGCAAGGAGUGCCAGCUGCGCCACCACGAGUGUGAGGUGCCAGACUGCAACGGCAAGGGGCAGUGUGUAGCUGGACGGUGCCGCUGUGCCAAGGGCCACACCGGGGAGUUCUGCGAGAAGGUCGACUGCCCUCACCCAACCUGCUCCGGCAACGGCUGGUGUGUCAACGGGACCUGUGUGUGUCAGAAGGGAUGGCGCGGCCCCGACUGCUCCGAGACUGACCUCGACGCCCGCCAGUGCCUGCCAGACUGCAACGAGCACGGCAGGUUCGACAUCGAGCUCCAACGCUGUGUCUGCAACCACCCCUGGACCGGCUCCGACUGCUCCAAGAAGUCUUGCUCCCUGGACUGCGGGCUGCACGGCGUGUGUGAGAACGACGCUUGCAGGUGCGAGGAGGGCUGGAAGGGCGACAACUGCUCCGAGAAACUGUGCGACGCGAGGUGCAGCGAACACGGCCAGUGCAAGAACGGGACGUGUGUGUGCAUGACGGGCUGGAAUGGACGACACUGCACUCUGCCAGGCUGCCCCGGGAACUGCCGCAACCGAGGGACUUGCAACGCGCACGGCGAGGACGGCAUCUGGUCCUGCAGCUGCGAGAACGGCUGGGAUGGCCCGGACUGCUCGGCGAUGCUGGAGACGCGGUGCAACGACGGGGAGGAUAACGACAAGGACGGCCUGGUGGACUGCCAGGACCCUGAGUGCUGCGACCACCACUCCUGCAACGGCUCAAUGUUGUGUGUGUCCCGCGCCUCGUCGCCCAUCGAAAUGCUUCUAAGGAAGCAGCCCCCGGCAGCCACCGCCUCGUUCUUCGAGAAGAUGAAGUUCCUGAUCGAGGACGACUCGCUGCAGCACUUCACCAAGACCGACGCGUUUAACAAUAGUAUUUUAUGGAACUACUUACACCCGAGACGCGCGGCGGUGGUGCGGGGCCGCGUGGUGACGCGUGCAGGCAGGGGCAUAAUCGGCCUCCGGGUGGGCCCCCCCGAGGCUCACGAGGGCUUCACGCUGACCAGGAACGACGGAAUGUUUGACAUUAUGGUGAACGGCGGCGGGGCGGUGAGCAUCGAGUUCGGCAAGCCACCCUUCAGCCAGAAGACGGUGCGCGUGAUGGUGCCAUGGAACAAGGUGGUGGUGUUGGACGACAUCGUCAUGAGCGUCCCGGACAGCACGGACCACUCCACCAGCUACCACGACCACCUGCCGCGCCGCCCUACCUCGCACUGCCCCUUGCACGACUACGACCUGCUCAGGCCCAUCAUCAUGGCCACCUGGCAGAACGUGUUCCAGGGGGAGUGUCCGCACGCCGACGCUAUCCUGGUGGAGUCUCAGGCGGUGCAGGAGUCCAUCCAGAUUCCCGGGACCGAUGUUUACCUUGUGUACCACUCUUCCAGAGCCAACGGAUACGAGUCUACCAUUAGGAUGCAGCUCACCCCAGACUACAUCCCCGCCACCCUUCGCCGCGUUCACCUCAGGAUCGUGCUGGAGGGGACCCUGUUCACGCGUGUUUUCGAGGCCGACCCCAACAUCAAGUUCACCUACGCCUGGGACCGCUACAACGUGUACAGGCAACGUGUGCAUGGCGUGACGGUGGCCCUCGUCUCGGUGGGUUACGAACACGCGUCCUGCCCUAUGAUUAUCUGGGAGCACCAGACGACCCGCGUGGCCGGACACGACCUCCUUAUCUCCAUGGUGGGUGGUUUCAACCUGCACAUCCACCACACCUACAACUACCACCAGGGCAUCCUGCAGAAGGGUGAUGGCCAGAACAUCUACCUUGCGGGGCAGCGUCGCCUGGUGACCACCCUCCUGGGCACGGGCGAGCAGCGGGAGGUGUUGUGUGGCGAGAGGUGUGAGGGUAACGCCAACGAGGUGCCUCUCCUCACCCCCUCGUGCCUUGCCGCGGCCCCAGAUGGUUCCCUCUAUGUAGGAGACUUCACCCUCAUCCACCGCGUGUGGCCAGACGGCACCGUGACCACCGUAGCCAAGCUGAAUGAGACCCGCGUGUCCUACCGUUAUCACAUGGCCGUCUCACCCAUGGACGGCUCCGUGUAUGUGAGUGAUCCAGAGGCCCACCAGGUGCUGCGUAUCGGGGCCAUGGGCGGUGACCUUGUGCCAGUUGUGGUGGUGGGGUCAGGCCAACGCUGCCUCCCUGGGGACAAGAACAGGUGUGGAGACGGUGGCCAGGCCAUCCAUGCUCGUCUCACCUACCCUAAAGGUCUGGCCAUCUCUUCUGAUGGCGACAUCUACAUUGCUGACGGCACCAACAUCCGUGUCGUCAGUCACAACGUGAUCCAAACCAUCAUUGGCGGCCACGACCACCGCUCGCACUGGGCCCCCGUCCCCUGUAAUGGCACUAUCAACAUGGACCAGCUACACCUCCGCUGGCCCACCGAACUGGCUGUCUCCCCGCUAGAUGGCUCCCUCCACAUCCUGGACGACCACCUGGUGUUGAGGGUCACACCUGACAAUCGUGUCCAGGUGUUGAGUGGUCGCUCCCUCAACUGUCCGACACCCCCCCAUGACCCACCAGAUGUGUCCCGCACCGCCCUGCUCCUCAGCCCUCAGUCCAUCGCCUUUUCUCCUGAAGGUGAACUGUACGUUGCUGAGAGUGACUCGCAGCGGAUCAACAGAGUUCGCAUCAUUACCAGUGACGGCCGCAUCUCCCUCUUUGCUGGCGCCGAGUCUGAGUGCAACUGCCGCGACCCGACCUGCCAUUGCCACACAUAUGAUAAUGUGUCAGCCGCCUCUGCCAUCUUCUUUUCCAUUUCCUCCAUUGCUGUCACACCGGAUGGCGUCCUCCACAUUGCUGACCAGGCUGGCUAUCGCGUCAGGUCUGUACGCACAGUCCUGCCGGAGCUGAUAGACCGCAAGCACUAUGAAAUCAUUUCGCCGGACUCACACGAGGUGUAUGUGUUCAACAACCGCGGUCAGCACACAGAGACCAGGAACCUUGUCACGGGCCAGAUUCUCUACCAAUUCAUCUACAACUCUCACUCCAGCGCCAGUCAGCUGUGGACUGUGUCUGACGGUGCCAACAACAAGUUCCACAUCAUCCGUGAGCGCGGCGGCAACGUGAACGCCAUUGAGACGCCCCAGAAGCAGCGCAUCAAGAUUCACCUCACCAUGACAGACAAGCUGGAGAAGCUCGUGGCCCCCAACGGCUACAACAUCAGCUUCACCUACAACAGUCUCAGGUCUUCUGGUCUCAUCAGCUCCAAGAUCGAAGCCUUGGGUCGGUCCUUCAACUACGACUAUGACGAGCAGGGCCGUCUUACCCGGGCUGUCCUUCCCACGGGGCAGGUCAUCCAGCUGAACUUUGACCUAAGUGCUCGUGGUGCCGAGGUGACCGUGACGAGAGACGGAAAGAACCCCGUGAAGACAAGGGUCCGCGGCAACACCCUCACACACACCUCAGGACCCAUAGAAGCUGUGGCAGACAUGGGCGGCGAGGGAAAACUGCGGGUGUUGACAGAUUGGGACCACAAAGUGUCUCUAGAACGCACCUCCUACCGCGUGCUAGAGUCCACCAGCCAGAUUGCCGCCGAAAUGUUCCCCAUCCUGUCACGCCAACAGACCCACAUUGGCGGGAGCCUUGUCAACCGCUACGAGUGGGUCUACUCCCCUGCCAGCCAGCACACAACUAACCACGGCAUGAAGGUGUCGGCCACACUCAGGGUAAACAACGCUGACCUCCUCAUGCUGCGGUUUGACCCCACCACGUCCUCGGAGGCACUGCUGUCUGUGUCGGGCCAGAUGCUGGUCAACGUCACUUAUGACGACAAGGGCAGACCCGUCCUCUGGAUGCCGGUGUCCCCGCUGGUGCCAAGCAACGUCAGCUACGACCACUGGGGACACAUCAUCGGCUGGACGCGAGGCAACCUGUCUGAGGAGUCCGAGUACGACAGUUUGAUGCGUCUUAUGUCUGUCACUUACGCUGAUGGAGCCAAGAUCACCUACGACUACAAAGAUGAAAGGAUAAAGCCACAGAAGGUGCAGCACCCAAGUGGCAGGACCUACGAGCUGGUGUACGAUGACGCCGGGUCGCUGCGCCAGGUGGUGACGCCUCGCAGUACGGCCUACACCCUCCACGUUUCCACAUCAGUCGGCUUCUACAGACUUCGCUUGGCUCUCCCCGUGGACAACAUCGCCCUUCAGGUCAGGCUGGAUGAGCAAGGCCACAUCCUGGCCAUGACACAGCCUGGGCAGGGAGGGACGCUGCUCUACAAGUAUGAUGACUUUGGACGGUUGAGUGGGGAGCUGUAUGGCCGAGGCUUCACGGAAUACACGUAUGAUGACAUGGGGCUGAUCCACACCGCCAAAACCAAGCACAACCACAUCGACGUGAGGACCGAUUACCGCUACCACGCCGGUCUCAUCAAGGACAUGCGCCUCCGCUACGGCUCAAAGAGUGACCUCCACAACGUGCGCCUCAAGUUUAUUUAUGACGCCUCAGCACGCCUGCGCAGGGUUGAAGGUGAGAUCAACUCAAAUCCGCUGAAGGAGAUGAUCAUCCGCUUUGACAACCAGACAGGGAUCCUCAACCUGAUCAGUGACCUCAGGAUCAUCCGCAACAACAUCCUUGAGACAAUGCUGCAGAACCCCAAGAAGGACUUCGUCAACACCCGUAUCCAGGACCACUACGGCCGGCUGGCGGAGGUGGACAUGACGCUGCAGGGGCGGACCGUUUACAUGAUGAAGCUGAAGUACGACAAACGCAACAGAAUCUCAGAGCGACUCAUCGAAGUGUCCGGCCGACGUGAGGGACUCAACAUCACGUACACGCCUGACGGGGAGAUACUGAAGGUGACGGGCACACUCAGGUGGGUCUACUCCUAUGACGAGAAUGGCAACAUCGUCCGCAAUGGCUACACGGAGGCGCUGACAUAUGACGAGUGUGACCGCGUGAUCAAGGUGGGCGGGAGGGAUGUGGUGUACGACGACCGUGGCUUUGUGAUCAGUUUCGACAACCAGAACUUCGAGUACAAUACCAAAGGCCUCCUAGUGUCAGCCUGGGAUCGCGAACAGAAGUGGUCCUUUACCCUAGGCUACGACCAUCUGGACCGCGUUUCUGUGUACCGCGACCACCAGAACAAUGCGACACAGAUCAUCUAUGGCCGCCCUGACCUGCCGGAGCUCAUCACACACCUGCACAACCCACACACGGGCGCCACAACACACCUCCUUUACGAUGACAUGAAUCACCUCAUCGCCAUGGACCAGCCCGACGGGCGCUACUACGUCGCCACAGACCAGAAUGGGACGCCCAUUGCCAUUUUUGACAACGUUGGCUCACAGAUCAACAGCCUCGUCUGGACACCCUUCGGCUUCCUCGUGGACUACUCGGGCACCACAAUGGCCGUGGGUGUGGGCCCCUGGGGGAGAUUCCGGGAGCCUCAGACCGGCCUGGUGCUCUUCAGGGGCAACGCCUACCACCCUGAGAUCGUGCAGUGGAUGACGCCCCGCUGGGGACACCUCACCAACCCCAACAGAUUGGUGACAGAUGUCUUCGUGUAUCGCUUCAUGAACAACAAUCCAUUUGUGUCCCCGCCUGGCUGCGACAGCCACUACUAUACAGAUGUAUCUGAGUGGCUGGACCUCUACGGCAUCAGCGUGGACCGUGUGUUGGGGUCAGAGUACCACAAGAGUACGCUGGUGAAGCCGCGCCCCGUGGUGGCCGUGGAUGACUUGGGCACCUCCGAGGUGGUAAGCGGCCUCUGGUGUCAGUACCGCGCCUGCGUGAAGCACCUCCAUGACCUCACCUUCUUCUCCAACUCCAACAUCCAGAGUCGCAUGGGCACAUGGACCGGCGUACCCAUCUCCCGCCAGGUGUCCAUCUUCGGGCCCGGCGUGCUCGUGUCCAAUAUCGAAGGCCGCGUUCUCGUCACUAAGAUUGGCGAGGGUGACUUCACUGGCGUGGUCGGGGACGUCAUUCGGUCGGUCCUCAACAACUCACUCAUCUUAGACGUGAGCGCUACGCACAACGGCCGCGACACGUUCUACUUCAUUAAGAGCAACCGCAACAAAGCUGCUGAAGACAUAAACACCCUGCGCCGCCUCUCUGGUGUCUUCAACGUUACCAACUCAGAGACGGAGCACGGCCAUGAGAUCCGCAUGUCCACGCCCACCGCCCACCUAGUGAUCAUGUACGGGGAGCGCGUGCAGCGGGCGCGCAGUCGCGUGCUGGCAGAGCUAGAGCAGGAGGCGGAGCAGCGGGCGUGGGAUCGAGAAGCGGCCCUCGUGAGAAUGGGCCGCGUGGGGUCACACUCGUGGACAGCCCCCGAGGCCACCGAGCUGGAGCGCGAGGGUCGCGUGCCCGGCUACGUGGCCACCCACCUCCACUCUCCCUCCCGCUACCCACUGCUCGCCUCGGACGCCACCAACAUUGUCUUCAAACACGAAAGUUCCCGCAAACGACGCAAGAGCCGCAGAAAGGGACGCAAGAAGAGUUGGCGGCAGCGGAAGAAAGUUGGCGUUUGAAGAGACUGAUGUUUGACGCGCUGACUGAAGUUUUGGCAGCCCCGCUGUACCCAUGAACUUCCAGGCAUACGCUACUGAAUCUGCCUUUAUCGACAGAUUGUGAUAUAAUUGUACAUAUUUAUGUAAACUUAACAGAGUUUCGAUAUAUACGCAUAUUGUGUGCGUUUUUGUUCUUUCUAUAUGAGGUGAAUUAAGAAUGUAACUUUCAUGAUUAUCAUAUUAUAUUCAGUGUUCUUAAGAGACCUAACUGAACCCAUGUAUCAAUUACGAAGACUUUUGGUGUUUCUUUCACGUGGUUUUUACUUACGGCUGUAUUCUGCAGUAAUCCUACGCUGUACAAUAUGUCAUGUAUUAUGUAAAGUAAAAUAAUGAGUUUUUAAUAAAUAUUUCGAUGUACAUUGA